AAUCUACAAAUUUGUAGCGCAUAAAAUUUACAAAUUGAAUGUAUCUCCCGCGCGUGUCAAUAUAAGCAAAACUUUAUUGUGUCAGUUCCCUUACGGUUUGGCUCGUUGUGACGAAACUUUUUGAUAUUUGCCAACCGCUGCAGAAACAUUUUAAUCUACUAACUGUAUGCAUAUGGUAAGGCAAAAGCAGCUGAGUAAUAAGAAUAUAGUAGUUGUAUGUGCACUUGUCAUUGUGCGGUAGUAAAUUUAAUGUGGUUUUUAAAAAAGAUAAUCCAAAUUUUCCAGAAAUAAUCAAGAGCUUGAGUACGCUAAACAUGUCUCAAACCAACUUAACAACUGCCACAGUCGGCACCAAAACUACUUCAAAUGUCACUGCCAGGCACUCAAAACUUGAGGGCUAUGAAUUUUAUCAUAAAAUUCUGGGUUCACCUAAAUAUGUUGUGGCACCAAUGGUUGACCAAAGCGAGUUGGCUUGGCGUAUGUUAUGCCGAAAAUACAAAGCUGACCUCUGCUAUUCACCCAUGUUUCAUAGCAAUUUAUUUGCCAAAGACGCCAAAUACCGUAAAGAUGCUUUGCAGACUUGUUCUGAAGACAAGCCAUUAAUUAUACAGUUUUGCGGUAACGACGCAGAAACUAUACUGGAAGCAGCUUUAUUAGCUCAGGACUAUUGUGAAGCUAUUGAUAUUAAUUUAGGUUGUCCUCAAGCUAUUGCCAAACGCGGCCACUAUGGCGCCUUUCUACAAGAUGACUGGCAUCUGUUAAAUGAAAUUGUAAAAACUUUGCAUUCAAACCUAAAAGUACCAGUGACGUGUAAAAUACGCAUAUUUGAAGAUCGGGAUAAGACAAUACGUUAUGCACAAAUGUUGGAAAAGGCUGGUUGCCAGUUAUUAACUGUACAUGGCAGGACCAGAGAACAAAAGGGGCCCUUAACCGGUGCUGCUGACUGGAGCUAUAUUAGAGAAAUUAGGGAAAACAUAAAAAUUCCCAUGUUUGCUAAUGGAAAUAUAAUGGACCUAAAAGAUGUUCAACGUUGUCUUGAUGAGACAGGUGUGGACGGAAUUAUGACAGCCGAAGGAAAUCUACACAAUCCUGCUUUGUUUACAGGUCAAACUGCUAAGACUUGGUUUGUGGCGGCAGAGUAUUUAGACUAUGCUCAAAGAUAUCCUUGUCCUAUAUCGUAUAUAAGAGGUCAUCUGUUUAAAAUAUUUCAUCACAUUUUUAAUUUACGUCCAAAUGCUAAUUUAAGGGAAGAAUUGGCAGUGGCGAAUGGAUUAGAAAAAUUUCGUAGAGUAGUUCAGAAAGUUCAACAAAAGUACGAACCAUAUCAUGAGGGCCUGAAACCUUACGGGAAAGAGGAAAUUGAUCCUAGUGUUUUAAUUGAAGAACAUGAAUAUAACAUGUGCUUGCCACCUUGGCUCUGUCAACCUUACGUACGUUUACCGCCCGAAAUUCAUAAACAAGUUGUAUCGGAGAAGGCGCGCCUAGCUGAAGAUCCAAGUCGUGACAAACGGCAGUAUUAUGACAAUGAAGGGAAAGAAAUAUCUCGCAAGCGUAUGAAAAAGUUGCGGCGACGUUUUCGUCGGCCUGACAAACCUGAAGGAAAACAUGAUCGCCAUUUAGAGAAUUGCCACCAUUGUUGCUGUAAUCCUUUAGGAUUUAAAUGUGUCUUUCGUUUAUGUCGCAUUUGUUGCCGCGAUAGAUGUUACAGUGAAAAUUUUGAUUGCUUGGGACAUGGUAUUUUAAUUAAGUCUCGCCGCGCUAAAGCCAAACUAUAUGAAGAAAUACCAAGAAAAGAUUCUGCUUUCACUGAAGACCAAAAACCGGAAGAUGGUUUGGAACAUUGUAAAAGGGCGAAUCAAGAAGAAGAACUGCGUGAUGCCUUGGAAUUAAUAAGACAAAGUUGAUGUAAGAAGAUAAUAUUGCAGCGUGUAUAGAUUUACAUGAAAAAAGGCAAUCUAUCAUAUAAAUGUAAAUAUUAAAAAUAUCUUUACUUCGCA